CAAACUCAUCCCGAAGCCACUCUAAUUUUAACUCCAGAAGGUACGCUAAUUCGGUUGGUAAGGUUUGAGCCAGGCGGGUAGAUUAAGAGCUUAACUUCCUUAAGCCGGUUCUCAGAAGGUCAUUUUCUCAGAGAAGUGGUCAGGCGCUAGCUGACACUGACAGGCUCACUGCAGCACACUGCUAGCAUUUAGCACCAGGUUAACUCAGAUAACUACUGCUAUCAUGCAGGAAUGGGCGAAUCAGUUAUGCGAGAAUCGACAAUUUGGAUCCAAGAUGACGGACUCCAAGUACUUCACCACAACCAAGAAAGGGGAGAUCUUCGAGCUCAAGGCGGAGCUAAACAGUGAUAAGAAAGAGAAGAAGAAAGAGGCUGUGAAGAAGGUCAUUGCAUCCAUGACAGUUGGCAAGGAUGUCAGUGCUCUGUUCCCGGAUGUUGUGAACUGCAUGCAGACGGACAACCUGGAGCUGAAGAAGCUGGUCUACCUGUACCUGAUGAACUACGCCAAGAGUCAGCCAGACAUGGCUAUCAUGGCUGUUAACACCUUCGUAAAGGACUGUGAAGACCUGAACCCUCUGAUCCGGGCCCUUGCUGUUCGUACAAUGGGUUGCAUCCGUGUGGACAAGAUCACCGAGUACCUCUGUGAGCCGCUGAGGAAAUGUCUGAAGGACGAAGACCCGUAUGUGAGGAAGACGGCCGCUGUGUGUGUCGCAAAGCUCCAUGAUAUCAACGCCCAGCUGGUGGAGGACCAAGGCUUCCUGGACACCCUGAAAGACCUCAUCUCUGACUCCAACCCCAUGGUUGUAGCGAACGCAGUGGCAGCGCUGUCGGAGAUAGCAGAGUCUCACCCCAACAGCAAUCUACUGGACCUGAACCCUCAGACCAUCAACAAGUUGCUGACGGCUUUGAACGAGUGCACAGAGUGGGGACAGAUAUUCAUUCUCGACUGCCUGGCCAAUUACUCACCUCGUGAUGACCGAGAGUCCCAGAGCAUCUGUGAGCGUGUGACCCCACGGCUCUCCCACGCCAACUCUGCAGUGGUGUUGUCAGCCGUUAAAGUUUUAAUGAAGUUCAUGGAGAUGCUGCCCAAAGACUUGGACUACUAUGGCACCCUCCUGAAGAAGCUCGCCCCCCCACUGGUCACGCUCCUCUCUGCUGAGCCCGAGUUACAAUAUGUGGCCCUUCGAAACAUCAACCUCAUCGUACAGAGACGCCCAGAGAUCCUGAAACACGAGAUGAAGGUUUUCUUUGUGAAGUACAAUGACCCAAUCUAUGUGAAGCUGGAGAAGCUGGACAUCAUGAUCCGCCUAGCAUCUCAAGCUAACAUCGCCCAGGUUCUGGCUGAGCUGAAGGAGUACGCCACUGAGGUGGAUGUGGACUUUGUCCGUAAAGCGGUCAGGGCCAUUGGCCGCUGUGCCAUCAAAGUAGAGCAAUCAGCGGAGCGCUGCGUCAGCACGCUGCUUGACCUCAUCCAGACCAAGGUCAACUAUGUGGUGCAGGAGGCCAUCGUGGUCAUCAAGGACAUCUUCCGCAAGUACCCCAACAAGUACGAGAGUGUGAUUGCCACCCUGUGUGAACACCUGGAGUCUCUGGACGAGCCUGAGGCCCGGGCCGCUAUGAUCUGGAUCGUGGGAGAGUACGCUGAGCGCAUCGACAACGCCGACGAGCUGCUGGAGAGCUUUUUGGAGGGUUUCCAUGAUGAAAGCACUCAGGUGCAGUUGCAGCUGCUGACGGCAAUCGUCAAGUUGUUCCUGAAGAAGCCCACGGAGACCCAGGAGCUCGUGCAGCAGGUGUUAAGCCUGGCUACACAGGACUCCGAUAACCCCGACCUCAGGGACCGCGGGUACAUCUACUGGCGUCUGCUCUCCACAGACCCAGUGGCUGCCAAGGAGGUGGUCCUGGCUGAGAAGCCCCUGAUCUCUGAGGAGACGGAUCUGAUCGAGCCCACCCUGCUGGAGGAGCUCAUCUGCCACAUCGGGACUCUGGCCUCCGUCUACCACAAGCCCCCCAGUGCCUUCGUGGAGGGCAGCCGCGGCGUUCAGCACAAGAGACUCACCAGCAGCGCUGGAUCUGGGGAGAGUGUCGAGAGCCCAGAUACGGGUUCUGCUGCUGUUUCUGAGGCGCCCCCCGCUGUCAUCCCAUCCCAGGGAGACCUCCUGGGAGAUCUGCUUAAUCUGGACCUGACCCCCCCCACCAGCACCGGACCCCCACCAGCCGCCGCCCCUGGCAUGCAGCUGGGAGCUAUGGACCUUCUUGGUGGAGGACUGGACAGCCUGAUGGGGGAUGAGUCUGAGCCGCCGCCCAUCCCCCUGCGGACGGACACCCCUCAGUCUCCUCAGCCCCCGCAUCAGUCCCCAUCGCCCCCAGAUUACAGCCCCACUGAGCUUGGUGGAGACAUUGGAGGAAGUCCUGCUAUGGGCGCUGGUUUCGGAGCUCCUCCGGCUGCAAUGCCAGCUUCCUUCAACGCCCCCAUCAGCGGCGGUCUGGACGACCUGUUUGAUCUCGGAGGUGGUGGUAUGACGAUGGGAACCUACAUCCCCCCUAAAACGGUUUGGCUGCCAGCCAUGAAGGCCAAGGGUCUGGAGAUAUCGGGCACUUUUGUCCGCCGCUCUGGGGUCAUCCAAAUGGAGAUGACACUCAAUAAUAAAGCUAUGAGUGUCAUGAGUGAUUUUGCCAUCCAGUUCAACAGAAACAGCUUUGGUCUGGCUCCGGCUGGUCCCCUCCAGAUACUCACUCCUAUCAGUCCGAACCAGAGCAUUGAGGCCGCGCUGCCGCUCAGCACCGUGGGGCCCGUCAUGAAGAUGGAGCCGCUCAACAACCUGCAGGUGGCUGUGAAGAACAACAUUGACGUAUUCUACUUCAGCUGCCAGUACCCCAUCAGCAUGCUGUUCCUGGAGGACGGGAAGAUGGAGCGACAGGUGUUCCUCGCCACAUGGAAAGACAUUCCUAAUGAGAACGAGUCCCAGUUUCAGAUCAAAGACUGCCAUCUCAACUCAGAUGCAGCCUCCAACAAACUGCAAGGUAGCAACAUCUUCACCAUAGCUAAGCGUACCGUGGAGGGUCAGGACAUGCUGUAUCAGUCGAUGAAGCUCACCAACGGCAUCUGGGUGCUGGCUGAGCUGAGGGUGCAGGCUGGAAACCCAAACUACACAAUCUCUCUGAAGUGCAGAGCUCCGGAGGUUUCUCAGUGUGUUUUCCAGAACUACGAGACAGUGCUGAAGAAUUGAAGCCCCCCCCCCCCCCCCGCCCACAGCUGACCAUGUCACAACCUCUUGCAGUGCAGGAGCCACUUCCUGCUGUGUUGGCAAAUUCUUCUGGAUAAUCAUUUUUCUUUGUCCCGGUUCCACCCGUCACCGCUUGUUUUUCUUUCCUCAGCCUGCAGGAAAACCCCUUCUUCUCUGUCUGGCUGGACUCAUCAUGUCCCUCUCCAGUGUGUUUGCCAUAAAAUAGUUUCAGGACAUUUCCUCACGAUACAUUUUCUUUCACUUCAAGCUGGUCCUCCACUCAGUGAUGACUGUCUUCUUUUGGGGCUGCAUUCCUGUGAGAGUUUUCUGUGCAUAAAUAAUUAUCUAGCCCCACUUUUCUGCAAAUUGGAGACUAUUUAUAGCGUCUGCGAUCACCCGUUGAAAUAUCUCUGUCGGCAUAUUUAUUUAAGAAUGAAAUUGCCGCAGUAAAAAGGCUUUAACUCGUUACUCCUGCCUCUGUGUGAAGUGGCUGUCUGGCCCUUAGAAGAGACUCAUAGAUACUUCCAAACAUUACUGUUUUGUUGUCUUUGUCAAUCUUUUGUCGGUUUUUAGUGUUUAGCAGUGGGUUUGGAUCCUCUGCUGUCUCUGAGAGCAGAAUAUGCGCAGUGUGCAUGGACGCUGUUCAUCGGUGGGCUUUUCUUUAAUUUCUCCCAUCAAUAUCUGGACAUUUGAUAGACUAGCAGCAGUCGUCCACUGUUUGCUCUCUCACUUAGUCAUUCCAUGCUUUGAUUUGUGUUUUGUAGUCUUGUUAGUGUUCAUGUGGCAAACUGGGAGAGGGUGUUUGUAUUUGCUGCCCCCCCCCCCUGUGUAAGACAAACACUCUGCCACUUGGCUCUCUCAGCCCUCUCAUCGCAGCCUCUCAGUACUCUGGCCACCUGAGAUGAAGGUUCAGGUGAGAAAACUCUAAGCGUAUGAUGCCAUGGUUUGUAACACUUGUGAGUAAUAAGUGUGAGUGUAGGUAGUACACUGCGUACAUCCAGUGUCCUUUGUUCUACCUGCAGACUCGACCCGGUUCAUUGUUCCCCCUUCUAUCCGAGUCAUUACAUCCAGGUCCUUUUUAUCGACUCUACACGAUGUGUGCGCCCACGCUAACGCCUUGUAAAGAUCGCCACGUGUGUGUGUGGUGACGGCUGAUUCCUAUGAAAUGCUGUAAAAAAAGAAAAAAAAAUCUAAUCAAAUGUAUAAUCAGAGGUUUUUGAUUGACAUGAUUUUGUUCAUUGUGUGUACAUCAUAAGAAAUAUUAAAAGCCUUGAUAAAUUCA